AUGCCUUCCGCCGGGAACAGAGUUGUAGCCGAGGACAAGGUUACGUUUCUGGGAAAUGUAUCGAAGAAGGCUGAAAUGUACCAUGGCCGCGUGCCAUACCUGCGUCGGCUACCCUUCUCUGCACUUGCCAUAAUCAUUGUGAUAGCCAUGGUCAACGCCGCCGCCUGGGUGGCUGUCGGCAUCGUUCUCCAUUUUCAUCCGGCGCUCAUUUCCACGGCCAUUCUCUCCUACACUCUUGGCCUGCGUCAUGCCUUGGAUGCAGACCAUAUUUCUGCCAUCGACCUCAUGACCCGUCGUCUCAUUGCUGCAGGCCAGAGGCCGGUGACGGUUGGCAUGUUCUUCUCCCUGGGGCACUCAACGAUCGUCAUAGUCACCUCCAUCGUCGUCGCCGCCACGGCCUCCGCCGUCUCCGACAAGUUCGACAGGUUCUCCCACGUCGGCGGCAUCAUCGGCACCUCCGUGUCGGCCGCCUUUCUGAUCCUGCUGGGCAUCAUGAACGCCUACAUCCUGUACCGAAUGAUAAAGCAGCUGAACGCGCUGAUCGCCACCCACCCCAGCGAUGAGGUAGAAGAGGACUUCAAGAUCCAGGGAGCCGGAUGCCUCUUCAACGUCUUCAAGGGCAUGUUCAGAAUGAUCGACCGCCCCUGGAAAAUGUACCCCCUCGGCCUCCUCUUCGGCCUCGGCUUCGACACCUCCUCGGAAAUCGCCCUCCUCGGCAUCUCCUCCAUCCAGGCCGCCCGCGGCGCCUCCCUCUGGCUCAUCCUCGUCUUCCCGCUCCUCUUCACCGCCGGCAUGUGCCUGCUCGACACGGCCGACGGCGCCCUCAUGCUCGCGCUCUACACGUCCGCCAACAACAACGAAAACGAAAACGACCGCAUCGCCACCCUCUACUACGGCGUCGCCCUGACCGGCCUCACCGUCGCCGUCGCGCUCGGCGUCGGCACGCUGCAGCUGCUGGCGCUGGCGCUGGCGGUCGGGGUCGGCAACCCCGAGGGUCGCUUCUGGGAGGGCGUGGCGCGGGCGGGCGACGCGGGAGAGAUCGUCGGCGGCGCCGUGUGCGCGUCGUUUGUCGUUUGUGGCGUCAUGGCCGUCGUGUUGUAUGCGCCUUGGCGUCGGUGGGUGGACGCGAGGCGUGAGAGGGUUGUGCCGCGGUGGCGGGGGGAGAGCGGGCGGGACGGGCGGGAUGGGGAUGGGGACGGGGAUGGGGAGACGGCGCUGGUUGGUGCGGGUGCGGGUGCGGGUGCGGCGGAGAGGCCUCGUGGUGGUGGUAGGAGGAGUACCCCGUAUGGCACGGUUGAGAUUCUGGAUGACGAGGAGAAUCGGCACCAGGUCAUGGGCCGGGACGAGGGCAAUGGCAAGGGUGGUGGGCAUCAGGUCUCUGCGCGAGAGGUUGGUGAGCGGGCUUGA